UGUAAUCUAAAUUCGCCAGUAACACCACCAAGGCGAAUCUAUACAAAGGUGUCUUGACAAUGUUGUCUGGUGUAAACCGCAAAUCGAGCUGUCUCAACUGAAACCACCUUCUAUUAUUGCAUCGUGGUCAAAAAGAUGUGUUUGUUAUAAUUUUGUUUUGUUUUACUGAUUGUCAAUGUAUGUAUAUGUUGUAAUUGUUGUUUUUGUUUGCUAACACCACCUUGUAUAAAAUCGCCUUGGAUGUGGAUUAACAAGAAAUAUCGAUACGUCGACAAGUGGUCGAUUAGAAUAAUGUCGAUGCAUCUAAGCAAAACAUCGAUGUUUUUUUGGAAUCCCUGACACCGGGCUCAAUUCAUCUUGCCGUCAUUCUCGCAGCAAACUCGAUUUUCGGCAACUGACAGGCAGGAAGCGUGGCGGAUUUAUUUUUCAAUAAUUUUUCAUAUUUUCACAUUAGUAAAAUUCCCAUUUGUUAUUUAUCUACAUCAACAUUUCAUUCGACCAUACGGCAAAUAAAACAAAAAAAUUCAAAUACAAUUCGAUCGACCGAAUUGGACGGUAAACAAAUUUUUUGUCGUGCAAAAUUUUUUGUAAGUCGCAGGACCGAAAGGGAAAUUUGUAUGAGUUCGGUUGGAAGUGAAUUAAGUAAUUCUAAUUCCCAUACAUUUUGGCAUCUGCCUGGCAAAUGCAGGUAAAUCGUUUUACGGUGUGUCGUUGGGUCUAUCUUGAACUACCUCAAGAGCAGAGUUGAAAUAAGGAUUAGUGCUGUGAAAAUUUUGUCGUGGAGUAUCCAAAACUAUCGGGAAUAAAGGGGCUUCGCGGAGGGUGAAGCACGCCCAAAGGCGUAGUGAAAAUCGCCCUUUGCAAAACGAGCAAACGGUGAUUUUUAGUGAAGGAUUUACGCCCAGGGCUUAAGCAUCAACAUAUACAAGCGUCAGUUGUUAUUGUACCAGCAGCCGCAGCUGGAAAAACAACGCCGGAAAAACCAUCACAAAUAUCACCAGUUACACAAAAACCAUUGCCUAAAAUUGCUCCAACUCGUCAAAUCCCACAGAAGUUCCGGCCCCGUAAGAAGCCGGAAGGUGAGCCAAGGAGGAAAAAAAUGGAAAAGAAGUCACAUAAAGCAACACGUAAUGGCAAUAUAAUAGUAGCUGGUGCCAGUUCCGGCAUCUCAACCGGUGGCAGCGCAGUUGCACCCGUCACGACGCUUUCCAUACCCACCCGCACAACUGGCCAUAAGCAGCACACGCCCAGCGGUAGCGUAGUAGCCGCAACUGGCGCUGCUGGCGGUGGUGGUGUCAGUAGUAGUGGGAAACACCGCAGCAGCAACUCGGGUCAUCACUAUCACAGUCAUCACACACACAUUACUAGUCAUCCCCAACACCACCAGCACACCACACACACCAGCACAGCGAAUCAAACGCAGGAAGCAACGCAAGUGCAGCAUUCGACGCUACAUGCCCCGAAUCCCGCGAUAUUGCUAGCAGUCGGCAAAGCGGCUAACGAAGCCAGCCGGGGCACGAAAGUUACGGGUACACAAGUCACCAACGCUAUGGAACAUAUAGCGACAGCGCUAACAACAGUCAGUCCCAAGUUGGCAACGACGGCGGCGAUGCGCAACAAAAACGAAGAGGCUAUCAACGACUUACGUCAACGCAUUCCCGAAAUCGAAAAUAUUUUCGAUGUACACAGCCGUAUCGGCAAUGGCACCUUCAGUACGGUGCUGCUGGGAACUUUGAAGAAGGAACGCGGUUUGCCGGAGCAUAUGCGACGUAAAUUCGCAAUAAAACAUCACAUACCCACCAGUCAUCCGGAUAGGAUAAUGAAGGAGCUGCAGUGCAUGGCGAAAAUUGGCGGCACCGACAAUGUCGUCGGCAUCAACUGCUGCAUACGCUACAACGAAUCGGUGGCCUUCAUCAUGCCGUACAUGCAACACGAUCGUUUUCACGACUUCUUCAACAAAAUGGAGCUGUCCGAGUUGCAGCACUACAUGCGGAAUUUGCUGAUCGCCCUGCGGCACGUCCACAAAUUCAAUGUCAUUCACCGCGACGUGAAGCCUAGCAACUUUUUGUACAACCGACGCAAGCGCCAAUUCCUGCUGGUGGACUUCGGCCUGGCGCAACAGGUGCCCACAUCUCAUGUGUCGAACACGCUGGAAGGGGGCUGUGAACAGCCGCUCUCAUUGGCAAUGGGCUCGGAAGGCAAGCGUCCGCGCGACGGCGAAGACUCGGCGUCCAACAGAACGGCCGAUUCGAAUGGCAGCGUGGCGGCUGGUGACGCUUAUGGCGGCUCAAAGCGUCCGCGUUGCACCGGGCCACAUGGCGAUCAAGAAUUUACCGCAAAUGCGACGCCCAAUGCGCGUGUCGCCAACAGCUGCAUAGUUGGCGGUUCGCCAUUCAAGAUGCCACUGAAGCAAUUGAACGAGAUCACUGCGACGGGCGGCAACAAGACUAGCGCUUUGGGCGCGGUUUCCAACCUAGCAAUGGGAAGCGGCACGAACGCGACCAACCACAACAACAACGCCGGCGAUAAUGGCAUUUGCGAGGCGCAGCUAGGACGGCAGGUAAAGUCCGCCAUACUCGGAAGCUCGGCAAGCACCCGCCUGCAGCAGAAAUUGCGUCAAAGCGGAGGCGGCAUGCGCAGUCCCAACAGUGCCGCACAGGAUGCUGCAGCCACCGGCUCGAAUGCCGGCGCAGCACAGUGCAUGGAGAGCUGCUUGGCCAACAAAUACAACACCAAUCGCAAUAUGAGCGUCACCAACGGCCCGAAGUGCGUGUGCUAUGGCAAUCCGCAGGUCUGCAACAUCUGCCUCGUCAAAAAAGAGAUGCACGCAUCACGCGCCGGCACGCCCGGCUAUCGGCCGCCUGAAGUGCUACUGAAGUAUGCCGAUCAGACCACUGCGGUUGACAUUUGGGCUGCGGGCGUCAUAUUCCUCUCCAUACUGUCAUCGGUGUACCCGUUUUUCAAGGCGCCGAACGACUUUGUGGCGCUUGCUGAGAUGGUCACCAUAUUCGGCGACAAGACCAUACGUAAGACCGCCUUCAUACUCGACCGCUUGGUGACGCUGAGCCAAAAGACGCGGCCGCUGGACCUACGCAAGCUGUGUGUGCGCUUUCGAAAUCGCGUGAAAUUCAGCUCACCAGAGCUGCUGAAGAAGUAUCAGCGGCCGGAUGGUACCUGUGAAGUGUGUCGCAACUGUGAUCAAUUCUACUUCAACUGCUUGUGCACGGAAACCAACUACAACACCGAACCGCUGGACGGCGAUGACCCUUUCCCCGCAAGCGCCUACGAUUUGCUGUACAAACUGCUCGAAGUGAAUCCACAUCAACGCAUCACCGCUGAUGAGGCGCUCAAACAUCCCUUCUUCAGUGAAAUGGCCACCACCAGCAGCAGCCAGAGUUCAAGUGUUACUAGUAACAUCAAUAAUAAUAAUAAUAAUAAUGUAAAUAGAACGGCUAUCUCCAUAGAGAGCACACAGAAGAAGGGUGCACGUGAUAAAGUAGAACCUUGAAGUUUGCGCAAAUGACGUGGCAAAUGUGGGGGGAAGGGGAGAGAGAAACCUAAAGAAACUGCAAGUUAGACAGCCCUCCAAAAUGUUCGUUAAUUGUCUGCGAGUUGCAAAUUGUUGAGAUUGUUUGUGGACCUCAGUCAUACGUAGUAAAUCAUGAAUACCGGUCAGCGCAGUAUAGGCGCGCAUGUGCCUGUGUUUGUGCAGUUACCGGACCCCAAAUCGCCUUGUUAAAUUGUACGACGAUCAUUUCGUAUUCUGAUGUAUUUAUUAUGAUUAGAAACUAAUAGCAAUCGUUUUGGCCCAGUCUAAAUCGAAGGAUGAUGUCUGUAAAAAUUUUACAAAUGCGUUUGGAAAUAUUGUGAAUCAUAGCGUAGUAGUGUUUUUAUGUAAUAUACUAGUAUAAAAUAUAUUUUUCAAAAUCAUGCAAAAAUGCGAUGAUUACUAAGAAGAGAGCAAAGGGACCCAGUGACCGAACUCCUUAGCCGGCAGCUAGCCACUACGGAAAGUGGCAUCAUUUCGAAAAGUACCCAGUUAAAUUGUAAAUUACACGCUUUAUUUGAUGAUUAUGCUUUCAUUUGUUUUUUUUUUCUUUUUUGUUGAAAAUUUGCGCUUACACAUAAUUUUUAGUUACUUAUAAUUUAUUUAGUAUUAUUACAGCAAAUAAAAGGGUAAACGUUACAAAUAUGUAUUUAGAUUUUCUUUUUAUGAUUUUUUUUACAGUUUACUGUGCAAUAUUAAAACAAAAUUAUUAGAUUAGAAAUGUAUAUUUGUGUGUAAUUUUGUGUAUGUCGUGUGAUUUAGAAUUGAUAAUUUAAUAUAGAACGUACUAAUUGAAAUUAAAAUUAUUUGUUGAACUACAAAAACUUAGAGGUUUUGUUUCAUAGUUCGUAGCAUAUGUAUUUUUGUUAUAUUUUGCUUUAUUAGACGGCAUCGAUACGCAUCUGUACUAUAUAUGUACAUAUGUACAUACAUUCGUCGUUUAAAGUACAAUGCCGCAUAUCAAGAUAAGCAAAACCUCGUAUGGGAGGCUACCCAAAUUUUACCUGGAGAGAGCAAAAAAUGUCUUAUUUCACAACGGUACUCUCUUUAACUCCAAUUAUCUCUACUUUAAAUCUCUAAAUAUCGAUAUUUUGAUACGAAUGGAUAAGGCUUGAUGCCAGGAGUUUCCGGUGAGAAAAUUUAAUUUUUGGCACAAAUGUCUGCUACGAGGUUUUGCAGAUCCACGGAUACGCGGGUUUGCGCUUUAAAGGACGAUAUGCUUCUGAGUAGAGAUAGUAUUUUGAAACCUAUAUUUAGCUUUCAUUUUUAAACUAUUAUUGAUGGAAAUAUCCAACAUACGCAUCCAUGGAUAAAUGCCGAAUUGGAACAUAGUUGUGCAAAUAAGGCAUCCCUAUCAAUUACAGUUUGGAAAUAAAAGAGACUGAUGCCUUGGCUUGACAGGGCCAAUAAUAAUCCUGGCUAAUAAAAACCCUCUGUAGGAACUGCCACCAACAUUAACAUACCUGGAGCUGAAGACAACCAUCAUUGAAUCUAAAUCACCAAUAUUUAUCGGCACCUUGUGAUGUAGAAGCAACUAAAGACGGCGUG